GCGCUGCCCGGUGGUGACCCUCGACCCGGCCCCUGUCCCGGUGACGCCCCCGCUCUCCCCGCAGCCCUCCACCCUGGCCAGCAGCCGUUUGGAAAAGGGCUCGUCAUGCCGCUCGCUGGGCGCCCGGUGCCGCAACUCCAUGGCCUCCUGCCCCGACGAGCAGCCACACAUUGGCAACUACCGCCUCCUCAAGACGAUCGGCAAGGGCAACUUUGCCAAAGUCAAGCUGGCUCGGCACAUCCUCACGGGCAGAGAGGUGGCUAUAAAAAUUAUAGACAAGACCCAGCUGAAUCCCACAAGCCUGCAGAAGCUCUUCCGAGAAGUAAGGAUUAUGAAGGGCCUGAACCACCCUAAUAUUGUGAAACUCUUUGAGGUGAUCGAGACGGAGAAGACCCUCUACCUGGUGAUGGAAUACGCCAGUGCUGGAGAAGUCUUCGACUACCUGGUCUCCCAUGGACGCAUGAAGGAGAAAGAAGCCAGGGCCAAGUUCCGACAGAUUGUUUCCGCUGUGCAUUACUGUCACCAGAAGAACAUUGUACACAGGGACCUGAAGGCCGAAAACCUUCUGCUGGACGCUGACGCCAAUAUCAAGAUUGCAGACUUUGGGUUCAGCAACGAGUUCCAGCUGGGCUCCAAGCUGGACACCUUCUGCGGGAGCCCCCCAUACGCCGCCCCAGAGCUGUUCCAAGGCAAGAAGUACGACGGGCCCGAGGUGGACAUCUGGAGCUUGGGGGUGAUCCUUUACACCCUCGUCAGCGGCUCGCUGCCUUUCGACGGGCAGAAUCUCAAGGAGCUGCGGGAGCGCGUCUUGCGUGGCAAAUACCGCGUCCCCUUCUACAUGUCCACGGACUGCGAGAACAUUUUGAGGCGCUUCCUGGUGCUGAAUCCUGCCAAGCGGUGCACCCUGGAGCAAAUCAUGAAAGACAAAUGGAUCAAUAUCGGUUAUGAGGGAGAUGAGCUGAAGCCCUACAAGGAACCGGAAGAGGAUUUUGCUGACGCCAAACGCAUCGAAGUGAUGGUGGGAAUGGGUUACACCCGGGAAGAGAUCAAGGAAGCGCUGACCAACCAGAAAUACAACGAGGUCACUGCCACCUACCUCCUGCUGGGCAGGAAGACUGAGGUGGAAGGGGGUGAGUCGCGCACUGGAAGCAGCCUUUCUCUGGCGCGGGUGCGGGCGCCCAGCGAGGUCUCCAAUGGUACUAGCAAAUCAUCAUCCUCUUCCUCGCACUCCAAGAGCCAACGUAGCUCUUCCACGUACCAUCGGCAACGGCGGCACAGCGAUUUCUGCGGCCCCUCCCCGGUGCCCAUGCACCCGAAGCGGAGCCCCACCAGCACCGGCGAUGGGGAGCUGAAGGAGGAGCGCAUGCCUUCGCGCAAGGCCAGCUGCAGUGUGGUGAGCAGCGGGCGGGGCAUCCCUCCUUCCAGCCCGAUGGUCAGCAGUGCAAACAACCCCAACAAGUCAGAAAUCCCCGACCGGCGGAAGGACAGCGCCGUCAACACGAAUAACAUUCCCUCCAGCAUGAUGACCCGGAGGAACACCUACGUCUGCACAGAGAGGCCUGGUGGGGACCGCCACUCGUUGCUCCAGAAUGGGAAGGAGAACAGCUCCGUCACCAGUCGGGUGCCGCCUGCCUCGCCCUCCAGCCACAGCAUCGCUACGUCCUCCACCUCUUCCGACCGCACCCGCCUUUCCCGCGGCACCAACAUCCGCAGCACCUUCCACGGGGGCCAAGUGCGGGACCGGCGUGGGACCGGCGUGCAGAACGGGCCGCCCACCUCCCCGACCCUCUCCCACGAAGCCACGCCGCUGCCCCAGAGCCGCAGCCGAGCCACCUCCAACCUCUUCAGCAAGCUCACCUCGAAGCUCACGCGGAGGGUCGCAGACGAACCUGAGAGAAUCAGGGGACCUGCGCUCACAAGUUGCAAUUUACCUUGGAAUCAAAAGGAAGCAGAACCCCGGCUGCUCCGAUUUACCUGGAAUGUGAAGCUGACCAGCACCCGCUCGGCCGAGGCCAUCCUGGCCGCCCUCCGCCAGGCCACGGACUCUGCCCACUGCUGCUGCCGCCAGACGGAGCCCUUCGUCCUGUCCUGCAUCUACGAGAAGAGCCCCAGCGAGCACUUCUGCUGCGUGGAGGUGGAGGUGUGCCGGCUGCAGCGCCUGGGGGGCCUGCACGGGGUGCUCUUCCGGCGCCAGGCCGGCACCUCCCUGGCCUUCCGCAGCUUGGUGGCCAAGAUCUCCGACCAGCUGCAGCUCUAGGGGCUCCGGACCUCCUUUGGCCACGCCACCGGUGCCUCUGUGUCCAAACGACCCGUGGGGCUGGGAGGCUGUGAGCGGCAGGCAAGCGGGCGGGUGAGGAGGUCCCCCUUGGGCUGCCACGUCCACCGUCACUACUGCUGCCACCACCGUUGCUGCUGCUACCGCCUCUGGGUCCCUUCUAGGCCCCG